GUGUUGACUGCCAAGCCAAGUGCCCCUUUUUUUAAUCACUAGGUUUUUAUUUAUAAAUAAUUAUGCUUCUAUCAUCUCAAUUUCUAUAUAAGUUCUAUAAUUAACUUAUUUAGUUUAAAUAUUUAAAGGUUUUGUAGUUAUAUUGAAAUUACUAGUUAUAAAGUCUUACUAUUUUAUGUGACAUACACUAAUUAUAUUUAGAAAACUAUGAUGAAGUAUUUAUACCUACUGAUUCGAUCGCGAAAUCAAAUAUAUUUACAUAAAUAUUGCAUUUAAUCCACAUACACUUACAAUAACUAACAAUGGCUGUAUAUUUAACGAAAACUAUGAUGUCUCGAUUAAAUAAAGUUACUUAUCCAAGUACGAGUUCGAUCGAAGGCGAAACUAGCCAUUACAAUGAUCAAUGGGAAAAACUUAUGAUGGACAGUAACAUAGGUGUCAAAUUGUCAAAGGAAAUGAUCUGUAGAGUUUGUGCAAGAAAUGGCUGCACACCAUUGAGUAGCAAAAUCAGUGAUUGUGAUAUUAUGGGAGCUAUUCGCAGUGUCACUAAUAUAACAAUAAAUGCAGAUGACUCUUUACCAAAAUAUAUAUGUACUGAAUGUCUUGAAUCAUUAAAGAUAGCAAUGAGGUUUAAAAAAAUCUGUGAAGUAUCUGAUAAGAAAUUUAGGAAAAUAUUAAAUCCUAUGGGUGACCCGUUAAUACAUUCAUAUCCUUACUCAAAACAUGAUUUUCAAUUAAUAUUGCAUCAAAUGAAAUUAAAAAGAAUGGAAACUGAAGAAAAGGCUGAAAAGGAAAGAAGAAGAAGAGAAAGACUGUUGCAAAAGAAAGAUCCCAAAACAAAAGAAUUUAAGUGUUCACCGUGUGAUAUGAUAUUCCCCAAUAAAGAAAAGUUAGUUGCCCACCGGCGGGAGAGGCAAUGCAUGAGACGCGCAUGUGAUAUUUGCGGGCAGCUUGUACGCAGCAUUGCACAGCAUAUGCGACACAACCAUGAGCAAAAUGUGGUUCACAAGUGCCCUACUUGUGGCAAGGAGUUUCCUAUCAUUGCAAGACUAAAAAAUCAUAUGUUAGUGCACACAAACACAUUCAACUUCUUCUGUGAUCUGUGCCCGUAUAAGUGCAAACACAAGUAUUACCUGGUGAUGCACAUGCGAACGCAUACUGGUGAAAAACCCUACAAGUGCGCACAAUGCCCUGCUACAUUCGUCAACCCCUCCAACCUUAAUAAACACAAGCUGACACACCAGGAGAAGCAGUUCAAGUGCAUGCUGUGUGAGAAGGCGUUCCGCACGGGCACAGCGCUGUGGGAGCACCACGACGCCAAGCACAUGAACAUCAAGCACACCUGCACGUACUGUGGGAGAGACUUCUGCUACAAAUCAGAUCUACGAAAGCACGAAAUCCGUAACCACAAUCGCGUGAAGCGAGAUUAUAUCGGUGGCGAGCCGACGUACAAGCAACUCGAGAGACUUCAGAAAAUGCAAGAAGACCAAGACGCGCUCGAGAAAUGGCGCCAACAGCAGAUAGUGGGCGCUCAACCUCAGCAGGCCACUUUCAUCGACCAGACAAAGGAUUUUAUACAAACACCACAUUCUAUGUAUGUCUCUGAUGUGACACAAAUCAUACAACAGCCGACUAUUGCCCAGCAGCAGACUGUUCAGCUUACUAUGCCUGACUUGACGUUGAAGAAGGAUGAAGUGAAAAUGUAUGAUGCUCAAGGAAUGGCGUAUUUUUAAAGUUUAACUUCGAUAAUACAUGAAAUUUUGAAGAAUUGAUGAAUAGUAUAAAUUCAUAUAUAAUAAUAGUGUGCCAUUAUCACCUUAAAACAUCGAUAUUUGUAUUAUAAAUAUUAUCGUUUGUAUGACAAUCUUGUUUUUUAUUUCAUCCGCUAUUUGUUUCCAUUUCUAAGUGGAUUAUUUAAAGUGGUUACUUUCAGUGUUAAAUUCCGGCUCCGGCCGCUGAGAAUGCGUUUUGACAUCUGUCAGUUGGUCAUGGCUAUUGACAAUUGUAACCUUGUAACAGCGCAGUAUAGAUAUUAAUAAAUUAUGUUUUCUUAUUUAUUAAAAUUAAAUUUCGCGUAAAUUACACAAUAACAUACAAUAGUAAAUAAUCGAAAGUAAUCGCAAUCGCAAGUUACAUCGUGCAUUCUGAACUGAACUGUCAAGAACGCAGUCACUCUGCGAUCGGACAAAUUAACCAAAUUCUUACAUACUUUAUAAUCACCAUGUUAUUUACUUGAUGCUAAGCUUUAAUUACAAUUUAAAUUUAUAUAAGAUAAUUAAUGAAUAGAAAUACUCACCAAUGUUUUCAUGUUUUAUUUUGUUAUCGAUAAAUGAUUUUUAAAUACGUCAAGUUUCCUAUAAAAGUAUGCUCGACUAGGCCUGAAAAGAAUAGGUUUAGUAGAUUAUUUAUAAAAGAGAGAGUUGUGUUAAGAAAACCUCAACAGAAUAUACGUAGCAUAUAAACAAUCCCUUAAAUGAGCUCAAGAAUUAUACAUAUGUACAAUCUGCUCAGAAGAUUAAUUAUGAUUUGUAUUUCUACGUACGUUUGUGUAAUGUCGUAUGUAUUAUUUUACUCAUAGUAUAA